CAGGGAUAUCGUGACGUCAAACGUAACGAAUUCUGAUUGGUCCAUUAAUGUGUGUCCUCACGCGGAUCGUCGUUUCCGUGGCAAGACCUUCAGCUUCGCUUGGAAGGUACUGAAAAGUGCCGCAUGCGGGGUGAAUAAGGUUGAAAACAUUAAUCAGCCAUGUUUCCCCGAAUCCAGUCGGCGUCCAUGUUAGUGGACAUGGGUUUCCACGUCCAGAAGCUUUCAGUAAGGUGUAGUCGUGGCUUCAAGAACGCUGCCCGAAACUACUGCCAAAAAGCCCCAAAAGAGGAGAAAGUAAUCGCAGGAACGCCCUACAAAAAGCUCUCAGUCGGAGUUCCCAAGGAAAGUUUUCCCAAUGAAAGGAGAGUAGCCAUUUCUCCGACUGCCGUCCAAGCGCUAGUAAAGAAAGGCUGGAAUGUGAACAUUGAAGAUGGUGCGGGGGUUGAAGCCAAAUUCACGAAUGCAAACUUCCAGGAGGUCGGUGCCAAGAUAACUGCAAAGAGUGACACGUACAAGUCUGACAUUGUGUUGAAAGUGAGACCACCAAGCGAUUCUGAAAUUCCGCUGUUUAAAGAGAAUGGUACCUUGAUCAGCUUUCUCUACCCACAACAAAAUGCAGAGCUUGUAAAGAAACUUGCCGCUCACAAACUCACCACAUUCGCCAUGGACAAGGUGCCAAGAAUCUCCAGAGCUCAGGUUUUCGACGCUUUGUCCUCCAUGGCCAACAUUUCUGGUUACAAGGCUGUGAUUGAAGCCGCCAACAACUAUGGCAGGUUUUUCAGUGGCCAGAUCACAGCUGCAGGCAAGGUGCCCCCGGCGAAGGUGUUUAUAAUCGGAGGCGGUGUGGCUGGUCUUGCAGCUGCGGGUGCAGCCAGAAACCUUGGAGCUAUCACGCGGCUCUAUGAUGUGAGGCCGGCGGUGAAGGAACAGGCAGAAUCUCUUGGAGCGGAAUUCUUAGAAGUCUCUGUUAAGGAAUCCGGCGCCGCGGCUGGUGGCUACGCCAAGGACAUUAAAGAAAUGUCGACAGAGUUCCAGGACGCUGUCAAGGCGCUGUACGCCAAGCAGUGCAAUGAGGUGGACAUCAUCAUCACCACGGCUCUCAUUCCUGGGAAAAAGGCCCCCAUUCUGAUCACAAAGGAAAUGAUAGAGACAAUGAAGCCAGGCUCGGUGGUUGUGGACCUGGCUGCUGAGGCUGGUGGGAACAUCGAGACAAUCCGACCAGGCGAGCUGUACAAGUACAAGGAUGUGGUACACAUCGGCUACACCGACCUGCCCAGUCGUCUGCCCACCCAGUCCAGUACGCUGUAUGGGAACAACAUCACCAAGCUGCUACUGUCUAUGGGAGAGAAGGACCACUUCAAUAUCAAUUUAGAUGACGAGGUUGUAAGAGGCUCUAUUGUCACAAAGAAUGGUGAGAUCCUUCCCCCAGCCCCGCCCCCACAGCUGGACGCUGCCGUGGCGGCAAAGCCCAAGGCCCCAGGGGUUGCACCCCCCGCCCCUGUGGACCCCAAGACGAGGACCUUCAACAACGCAAUGAGAUACUCUGGAGGUCUCGGCACUAUGCUGGCCCUUGGAGCUGUCUCACCUAACCCUGCCUUUACCACCAUGGUGACGACUUUUGGGUUGGCUGGAAUUGUAGGCUACUACACAGUGUGGAAUGUAACCCCAGCGUUACACUCCCCCCUCAUGUCCGUGACAAACGCCAUCUCUGGCAUCACCGCAGUUGGUGGAAUGCUGCUCAUGAGCAAAGGGUACAUGCCCACAAACACGGUUGAGACUUUGGCUGCAGUGGCUUGCUUUAUCUCCAGUAUCAACAUCGGUGGUGGCUUCACUGUGACCCAGCGUAUGUUGGACAUGUUUAGACGACCAGGAGACCCAUCGGAGCACAACUGGCUGUACGGGUUGCCAGCUCUAGGGUUUGUGGGUGGCUACGGGGCCCUGGCGGCUUCGGGCGCCUACCCCGACAUCCACCAGAUGACCUACCUGGCCGCGUCGCUGUGCUGCGUGGGUGCCCUCACUGGACUCUCCUCUCAGACCACCUGCAGGCUCGGUAAUGCUCUGGGAAUGAUCGGUGUAUCCUCAGGUCUUGCUGCCACAGUAGGAAUACUCGCACCCACACCUGAAUCAUUUGCACAGAUGGCUGCAUGUGUUGGAGCUGGUGGUCUCCUCGGAGUUGUUGGGGGCAAGAAAGUUGAGGUCACUGACCUUCCUCAGAUGGUGGCGCUGUUCCACAGCCUUGUCGGUGCCGCAGCGGUGGUGACGUGUAUUGCCAACUUUAUGGCAGAGCACCCACAUUUCGCCACAGAUCCAGCCGCUGGCGUUCAUAAGACAGCCCUGUUCCUUGGAACGUACAUCGGUGGUGUGACGUUUACUGGGUCCUUGGUGGCCUUUGGGAAACUUCAAGGGGUUCUUAAGUCCAACCCCUUGCUACUGCCUGGGCGACACCCACUCAACCUUGGCAUGCUGCUGGCCAACGUUGGUGCCUACGGCUACUUCAUGAUGGAUGGCGCCUACAUGAGCGGGCUGACCAUGCUUGCGUCAACCACAACUCUGUCCAGCGUGAUGGGUGUAACACUAACCAUGGCUAUCGGAGGUGCCGACAUGCCGGUGGUGAUCACCGUUCUCAACAGCUACUCUGGAUGGGCGCUCUGCGCUGAAGGCUUCAUGUUGAACAACAACCUGAUGACGAUCGUCGGCGCCCUCAUCGGGUCCUCUGGAGCCAUCCUGUCCUAUAUCAUGUGCAAGGCCAUGAACCGGUCCUUGGCUAACGUCAUUCUUGGAGGCUACAACAUUGGAACCAAGUCCCACGCUGGUGGUAAACCAAUGGAGAUCACAGGCACCCACACUGAGGUAGAUGUGACAGGCUGCACAGAGUACAUUGCGAACGCCAAGAACAUCAUCAUUGUCCCUGGUUACGGACUGUGCGUCGCAAAGGCCCAGUACCCGAUUGCAGAGAUGGUAGACUACUUGAAGAAGAAGGGAAAGCAUGUGCGCUUCGGAAUUCACCCAGUUGCUGGUCGUAUGCCUGGACAACUGAAUGUACUCCUGGCUGAGGCUGGUGUGCCAUACGACAUUGUACAGGAGAUGGACGAACUCAACCAUGAGUUCCCGGAUACUGACCUAGUUCUUGUCAUCGGCGCCAACGACACGGUUAACUCAGCUGCAGAGGAAGACCCCAACUCAAUCAUCGCUGGAAUGCCCGUGCUGCGUGUUUGGGUCGCGAAACAGGUUGUCGUAAUGAAGAGGUCUCUGGGUGUAGGAUAUGCCGCUGUUGACAACCCAAUCUUCUUCAAAGAGAACACCAACAUGCUGCUUGGAGACGCCAAGAAAACGUGCGACGCGCUACUGACUAGUGUAAAGGCGCACUACGGAGACUAACGAUUGCAUUGGAAUAGGAGUUAUGAAAUUUUUUAUCGACAUUGCCAGUGAUAACUUUUUUAUAUAACAUGCUUUGAAUUGAAUAAAGUGGUGAAUAUAUUCUAUGUUUCGAUAUAUAUGUGAACAAAACUUUUGUUUGGGUAAAUAUGCUUUACAUGUGGAAUUUAAUAUCUAUUAAGAGCAUAGAAUUAUCGCAAGGAACAGUGUUUGUUAAUUCAGGUGUUGUUUCAGAAGAUCAGCGAUUUUUUUCCUUCUUUAUAAAGUACCGGUACACGGCACUUUCACAAUAACGAAAAAACUACAAAUUUCCCAAUUUCUGUCCAAAAAAUUUCCAAUUUAAGGUAAAAAAAAAAAAUUUUUUUGGGGGGGGGGGGGGAAAUGCAACAUUUUGUUAGUUUCCCUAUGCAGCUCUAUGGUUUGAACCUAGGUAAAUAUAAUAUUGACAGCUUUAAAACACUUAGUUAUCAAUUGAAAAGUAUUUGGGAGCAUAAAAUCAAAUACACUAAUUUCCCAAUUUGAGGGUUUCAAGACUCGAUUUUCCCCAAUUUCAGGCUCUCACGACUCAAUUUUUCCCAAUUGGACCGGUACGGGAACUUUUCCCAAUUGGACAAAAAAAUCGCUGAAGAUGGAUUUAGUUUAUGAUUUUAAUUUGAAUAAUUACUUGGUAUGCCUUUUCAAUUGACUUUGAAUUUUUAGAUUGAUAUUUAAUUUGAUGAAUGAUUGGUUUUCAAAACGUGUUGUUCAAUAAAUCAUUGUUUUAUAGACUACAUUAAGUAGUCAGGUAGUCUUGAGAAUUCAUAUUUAAUAACCUUUUAAAAAAUUAGAAAAAAUAAAAUUUAAAAAAAUGAGCAGUUUGUAUAUAUAGUUUUUGUGAAGGCAGUGCCUUCACUUCUUUAUAUUGGAUUUGUUUUAAGAUUCAUUAAAAAGUCUAAGGAAAAGUUUGUGAUAAUGAUGAAUUUUCUGUAAAAUAUUUUUAUACCCAAUUAUCGUAGAGAUUAGGUCAUAUAUGCUUAUAAUAGUGUAUAUGGGAACUUAGUUGUGUGUUGUUGUUUUUUCGGAAGUAUUAUUUGUCUUUUUUCCCAAAAGAACACAUUUUUCAAUACUAAAAUAGAACAACAUACAUUUAAUGAUAUUUGCUGUUAAGAAAAACAGGGGAGGGGGGAUAAAAAAAUAUCAAAAUUAAAACAAAUGAAGUUCAAUGGUUUUAACAAAGCUGCAUACAUUUGACUUGGUUGGUCGCAUUUAUGAUUAUAGCAUUUUGUAGUUUCAUUGUAAUAACUAUUAGUAAGAGGUUUGCUAGUUAUGUAUUGGUGAUACAAAUGUUUCCAUCGUGUGAUGUGUUGAAAUAUUUAUUCAGGAAACACUAUGAUGUGCCAAGAGACUGAAUAAACAGUUUUCUCAGAUUUA